AUGUCGGAAGGUGCAAUCAUGUACCCGAUGCCCUCCGGGGACCCCUCGGUAGCCACGAUGGUCCUCUCAUCAGCCUGGACCAUGGCCUCGGUGUCGACCAUCUUCCUGGCUCUGCGCCUCUACUGCCGGGCCGCGCGGACGCGGAAGAUGUGGUGGGACGACUACCUCCUGCUCAUCGGCUGGAUGUUCCUGAUCCUGGCGGACAUAUUGCAGACGGUCAUCUACCGGAGGGGGUACCUCGUCACGACGUUGACGGGCCCAGUGAUCAUGCCGGCGAACCUCGCGUCCGACACGGCGAUGAAGCUCUCGCUGGCCUUUAGCAAGACCUCGUUCGCACUCACGCUGUGCAGGUUUACGAGCGGGUGGGCGCGGUGGCUGGUCAUCGUGGUUGCGUUCGUGAUGGACGCCAUGUGUGUUGCGCACUCGGUGCUGGUGUGGAGGGCGAAUUGCGGCGCGCCGGAUCCGCAUACGUUUCAGCCAUGUUGGUCUGCUGAUAGUGGGCUUUGGAUGAACAUGGUCGGGUCGAUUAUAUCAGCACUUACCGACUUCAUCUUGGCCAUGGUCCCAAUCAAGGUUGUCUGGGGGUUGCAGAUGAUCAAACGUGAAAAGGCGGGGGUGGCGAUUGCCAUGGGAAUUGGUUGCUUAGCUGGAAGUGUAGCAAUUGUAAAGGCAGUCGAAUCCUACUGGGCUGCAAGAGCCGUUGGACCUGAAUUCUCCCGUCGACUCGCGGUUCUGAGCAUCUGGAUCCACGCCGAGCCCAACGCCACCAUCAUAGCCGCGUCCAUCCCAGUGCUGCGUGUUCUCCUCCGGGACGCCAGGGCUUACUACGCGCGAAACUACCGCUCGGGCAGCAAGUAUCUCAAAUCUGAGGGCGAGUUCCAGAGCGGGACUACUUCGCGUGCUGCGGCCAGAGCAUCGGGCCACAUCAGCGACGACGGGAGUGAGGCGAUUAUAUUGCAAGGGGGCAAGGUGCGGAAUACGGUUGAGAUCACGUCGGGAGGUGUGGAAACUGUGUUUGAGAUGAGUGAUCGUUGGGACCGUCGUCCAUAG